AUGAAUCAGAAGACACUCUACAAGACAAUUGGUAUUUCUCUGCUUGUGUUUCAGGUAGUGAUGGUUGUUUACAUGUUAUUUAAUAGGAAGAGGUCAUCGUUUGCUACCUCUCAUAAAUUGUUUGUUCCACACUACUUUAACGAAACUUUGAGUUAUGCUGAUAAAGGUUUGGCUCCACCAAAGGAAGCCUUUGAAAAGAUGUUGUAUCUUUAUCAACAAUAUCAUCAAUCUGUGUUGGAUUCGUAUGUCUUUUCGGGAAGGAAUUGUUUUUCGAAUGGAGUCAUUCAAGGACAUGAAAAAUCACCACAAUUUGUUGUAUUCAAGGCUCAUAUGUAUAGUGGAUAUGGUAAUAUUAUUAUGGGACUCUUUUCGACUUUGUUAUAUGCCUUGUUGAGUAAUAGAGUUUUCUUGGUAAAUUGGAAUGGAGGAGAAGUUGGUUGUCAUGCUUCUCUUUCUCAAUUAUUGAAGGAUCCUGUUCUUAAAUCUCAUUCUUUAAUGUGGAAUUAUGCUGAUGUUAAAAGUAAAUCUAUUGAAAAUGGUUGUCCAAGAGAAAGAUGGGAGUCAAUUGAGAGAAAUUGGCUUCAUAUGGAAAGUACUGUUUAUCAUGACAGAUCUAAAUUAUCGUAUAGAUAUUUCAAAUGUAGCAAAGGAUUUGCUCAAAUUCUUCCAACAUAUUUAAGCAAGGAAAAUGAGAAAUUCAAUCAAAUUAAUUCUAAAGAUUUUAUUGAAAUGGAAGCAGCUCAAUACUUUGCCCCAUCUUUGUAUGCUGACAAUGAUGUGUACUAUCAAUUAUUUUCAAAAUUUGAGAAAAAGAAUAUGGAUUGGGAAUUAGUUCCUCAACUUUAUAGGAUUAAUAUUUUCGAAAAAUUAGCACCUUUCUUAUUCAAACCUAUUGAUACCAUUCAAAACAAAAUUGAUGAAUAUGAAAAGGAAUUAUUUGGAGAAAAAUUGGCUAAUCCUGAUAGUACUUUUAUUUUGGGAGUUCAAAUCAGAAAGAAUUUACAGGAAAAUCUUUUCCACAAUACUCCAGUGAGUAUUUACUGGGACUGUGCAAAGCAAAGAAUAUCAGCCCUUGACACGAAAAAGUAUAAGAAGGUCAUUAUCUUCCUUACAAGUGAUUAUGUUCCUGCAUAUGAUGAAGCCAAACAUGUAUUUAGUGAAAUGAAAAUUAAGGGAAUUGAAAUAUCACUUGUUCACAUGCCUCAAAACGUUCCAAAAUCUAGAUCUGUAGAAUCUGUUCAAACUGCCUUGGUUGACUUGUAUGUCAUGAUGAAAGCAGAUGAUUUAAUUAUGAGUGAAAAAUCUACAUGUAAGUUUAUUGAAAUAUUUGACAAUAUUUACAAACUGGUUUGUUAA